GUGAGGAACAUGAAUGACUGGAAAGUGCUUGGACUGAUUUUGGUUGGCAUGAAACAUUAUACUGCUACAACAGGAUAGACUCUUGUCUGAUUUACAGGUGUGUUUUUCCCUAGAGGAGUGUCUGUUAAUGAAGAGAUGGACACGGCAGAGAAAAUAAUUAUUUUCUGUUUUCUGUUAAAAGGUGUUUGCUGUAGAGAUUUCAACAUCUAUCUGCCAGAGAGGAUUGAAGCUCUGAGUGGAUCUUGUGUGAUCAUAAAAUGCAGAUUUGAGAUUGAAGAACAAUAUGACAAAGACCUCACUGAGAGCGCUAAAGGAGUGUGGUACAAAGAUAGGAAUGAUGUGAACAGAAAUGUAGUCUUUAACUCAAGCACACCAAGACGGAACUCCUUCAUUAGAGGGAAUAUAAUUGGAAAAUUAAAAGAUAAGGACUGCACCACUGUCUUUUAUGACCUCAGAUCAUAUCACAGUGGUCAGUAUUACUUCAGGGUUGAGGGUAAAGGUAGACUGAAAGAGACCUAUAUAAAAAACAAUGUUUUAAUAGAUGUGAUUGAGUCUCCGCACAAACCCAGAGUGCAGCUGUAUGUGGAGCAGAAGGAGGUGCAGGGUCAGGAGGAGGUGUUGGAGGGGAGCUCUGUGAGUCUGCGCUGCUCUGCUGAGACUCUCUGCUCCUCUCCUCCACCAACUCUCACAUGGAGCUCCACUCCCAGAAUCCCCCUCAGUGAGAGCAGCAGACUAGAGGAGCUCAUCUCUGAUCUGAACUUCACUGCUACUCACCGUCAGCACAGAGUCACUUUCACCUGCACUAUAACCUACCAGCUACAGGACGAGAACAAAACAGCACAGGACAGCAUCACAGUACAUGUUCAGUAUUCGCCCAAAAACACAGCAGUGUCUGUGCUUCCCUCCAGCUCUUUGUUGGAGGGCAGUUCAGUGACUCUGAUCUGCAGCAGUGAUGCAAAUCCAGCAGUGUUGAGCUACACCUGGUCCAGAGAGAGUGAAGGACAGUUGGAGCAGCUGCAGACUGGAGACACUCUUACCUUCAAUAGGACCGACCCGACACACGGAGGCUGGUACCACUGUACAGCUCAGAACCAACAUGGCAGCCAAAACUCAUCAGUGAUGCUGGACAUUCAGUAUGUUCCUCAGAUCUCCACUUCCUCCAGCUGUGCCAGAACUGAUGUAACUGUGUGUUUCUGUGAGGCUGAUGGGAAUCCCGCUCCUGAACUGGAGUGGCAUCUGUCUGGACGUCCUGUCACUAACUCUUCAAACACGUUCAUCAGUGAAGAGCGAUUGAGCAGCACAGGCUUGAGGAGCUCCAUCACUCUACAUCAGUCUCUCACACACACAUCCACUCUGCAGUGUAUCAGCAACAACACUCGAGGCACUGCAAGUCAACUGCUUCAGCUGCCUUCAUCUGUUGAACGUGAGUUUCCGUUCUGUGAUACAUCCAACAGAAGAACAUCUAUCAAUAAUCUAUAAAUGAGAAACAUGUAAAUUGUGCAUUCACCAGCAAAAUAACAAUCAUUGGUUUCAUCCUGAAAAAUGCUGCAUUCCAAUGUAGGAAGGCAACAAGGCACGUCUGAAUCCAAUGUUAGCUUCACUUACUGUCUCCUGAAAUGAAGUAUCAUAGAUGUAUCCUGUUUCACUGCCUUUGAUA